UAUCAAGUAUCUUUAAAAAGCCCCCUCAUCCCCCACCCAAAAAAAAAUAAAAAAUCCUGUCCUUACGAUACUUCAAAAACUUGAGUCUCUGAAUCUUUAAUUCAUCGUUUUCCUUGUCUCAAGGACUUUCUGAGGCGGCAACUCGGCUCAACGUCAGGAAGCAUCUCUUGUGUUAAUUUCUCAAUAUGUCCGGUGAAGAGGAAGAAAAUGCUGCAGAACUCAAAAUUGGAGAUGAAUUUUUAAAGGCCAAGUGUUUAAUGAAUUGUGAAGUUGCACUUAUCCUUGAUCGGAAAUAUGAGCAGCUUCAGCAGAUGUCUGAUGAUCCUAUGAAUCAAAUUUCUCAAGUAUUUGAAAAGUCAUUGCAGUAUGUGAAGCGCUUUAGCCGCUGCAAAAAUCCUGAUGCUGUUAGGCAGGUUCGAGAAAUCCUGAGUAGAUACCAGUUGGCUGAGUUUGAGCUCUGUGUCCUUGGCAACCUUUGCCCAGAAACUGUGGAGGAAGCUAUAGCUAUGGUGCCUUCUAUUAAGUCAUCUCAAUACUGGAGACUGGAGACUGGGAAACUGGGAGUCAAUGGCUUAGUAAACACACGGUGGAUUGUAGGAGACGUUGUUGCCGUUCACCCGAUCAUUGGAACCAGGCGAAAAGCUUGA